AAUUCCUUUUCUAGGACCAGAAGAGUGAAGACCCAUCACGUGAAAUUUUGAUUAAUAAAUCACACUCUCUUUUUAUGCUAAUCCUUCUCUAUCACAAUCUCCCAAAGUUUCUACUUUCUACCCCAUCAAAGAGAGAGGCUCACGUCGCCACCUGCUCUUUGUCUGUAUACUCGUUGUUUCGACGGAUUCCAUUGUGGGAGGAAAUGUUGGGAAACUGUGAGAAGAUGGUUGUCAUCUCUCCAACUACUAACGAAUGGCCACAGAAUCAGAUAGAUGAGAAAAGCUUGAUGCCAUCGACAAGUAAACUAAUGGAGAAACGGGGCCAAGAACUAUCACAACCACAACACCAGCAGCAGCAGCCACAACAAGCUCUCAAGUGUCCCCGCUGUGACUCCUCUAACACCAAGUUCUGUUAUUACAACAACUACAGCUUGUCACAGCCCAGGCACUUUUGCAAGGCUUGCAAGCGUUACUGGACCAGAGGUGGAACCUUGAGGAAUGUUCCUGUUGGAGGUGGUUGCAGAAAGAACAAGCGUGUGAAGAGACCUAACCCUGCUGUUGAAGGAGCUACUUCUGUUUCUGGUGCUAACCCUAACCUUCCUUCUCAAACGCAAAUCGAUAUUUCUUCAACUUCAAAUCACAUCAAUCCUUUGUUUUAUGGGUUACCCACUAACCCAUCUGAGAUGAAUCUCCCAUUUACUGGAAGGUUCAAUUCAAGAGUCUCAUCAAGUGUGGAUACUGUUUCAGUUUCUGGGUAUGAUCUCCAACCUCAGUUGAAUGCUCUCGCUUUAGGGUUUUCAUCAGGAAUCAUGUCUAAUGAAGCUAAUGGGUUUAAUCCUGCCAAGCAAAUCCAAGAUGUGGUCACUUCAAGUUCACUACUUUCAAGAUCCAUCUUUGGUUCCUCUUCUUCCACCAUGACUUCUCCAACCAUGGCUACUUUGCUUGCCUCUAACCUACAUCAGCAGAAGUUCGAUAUCAAAGAUUUUAGAGCUCCUAACCACUUUCAGACUUUAACACCUUUCGAGGACCUGCAAAUGAGUGGCAAUUUUGAAUCCGGGAUCUCUAUGAAAGGAGUGAAAAUUGAACAAGACAAAAGCAGGUUGGAGUGGAAUAUGCCAUGCCAGAAUCAGAUGGAGCAAAUUGGCUUCUCAUCAUCAGAUCCUUCGAUUUAUUGGAACGCAGCCACAAGCACUGUCGGAGCAUGGCAUGAUCCACCGAAUAUCGGGUCCUCAAUCACUCCUCUGAUCUAGCACAAAAAACCACUUUCUUCCAAUUCAUCCCCUUUUUUUUUUUCCUUUUCCCUUCAGCAAUGGUCUCUUCAGCUUAGGUUUUCUUUUCUCUAUCACUUAUAUCUGUAGUUGAGUUCAUGGGAUUCACAUAUCGAAAAAUGCAAAAAAAAAAAAAAAAGAGUAAAGUUGGGUAUUAAAGCAAAUUAAAGAUGAGAGGAGCUUGGAUCGGAGAGAUCAUGUCAGCUGCAAGAAAAUCAGCCUACUAGUUUUAUUUCCAAAGGUUGAGAUCCUUAUUUGCGCUGAGAGGAACCUCGGAUCCUCUUCCAUCUCAUCAACUACUCAGCUACUAUCACCAUCACCAUCAUCAUCAUCAUCAUCAUCACAGUGUUGAAGAAAAGGAUCAACUAUUUGGUGCAACUUUCUUGUAUCAGUAAGUUGAUCUAAUUAAUUACUUAAUUUGUAUGUAUAUAUAUGCAUGACAUCUACUUCUUUCUUUCUAAUCUACUUGUUACAAUCCUCUAGAUGGAGGCACUGAUGAUUUUUUUUCUGCUUUUAAACUUUGUUUUCCCUUUGAAUACUUGCUUUUGUGUUCUGAGGAUAAAGGGAUUGGAUUUGGGUAUUCUCGUUUCUGUGUUUACCAUUGGAUCUUUGGUUAUAAUAUCUGCUGUGUUGUUGGAA